CACACGACGUUUUUGGAGGGAUUGCUUAUUAUGCACUACUCAUAUCCGAAAAAAGGUACCGGUACAUAUAUUUUCCGAGUACAUGAAAUGUUAUUAUUGGUUAACACAGGCAACAUGCGGAAGAACUAAUACACUAUCGUUUAUGAAAGUCCGCGUGACAUGCAAAACGACCAACAUGUCCGAAGAAAAAGAUUCAAACCCGUUCAAGUCGAUUUUAACAUCCGGUAGUCAAGACAUUCUGUGUAACCAUGGAGACGGAUGUAUCGUGGAAAAUGUCAAGGCAAGCCCUCGCAUCCAGUUGAACGUAAAUGAAAAUCAUAACAACCCUAAGUCAAAAUCAAUGAAUCGAAGAAAAUCUAACUGGCUUUCCGAAAUAGACAUGAAGUGUGAGCUGUGUCCUUUUUCAACGAGAUAUAAAUGCGACUUCCGGCGUCACAAAGCGCGUCACGUGACCGCCUCGUUUCCAUGCCAACACUGUAACAUGCCCUUCGCCACUGCUGGUCACAUGAACGGGCAUAUACGAACUGCGCAUGAUAAGAAUACAGUUGCGAAACCGUUCAAGUGUUCUAUCUGUAACUACGAGACCAAUCACACCAGUGAUAUACAUAGGCAUCGACGCAGACAUGAGGAAUGUUUGGUGGAGUGUCGCCAUUGCAGACGACCAUACCUUGACGAAGACAGAUAUAAAACGCAUCUCAGAAAACACCACGGUCCUGACAGCGCCAUGGACUUCGAGGAAAUGAAGGAUGCGUGGGAAAACUUCAAAAACAAAAAGCAUGAAAAGAUCAGAAAAGAAACGUUAUCUAAACCAGAGCAGGAAUUUAAGAAAGAUUUAAGUGAACAAAUGAAGGGGGCCGCUAACAUGACAAAAAUGACUGAUAUGCAUAAUGAGUUACAUGUAGUUGAAUUAAGAGGUGACGUAUGUCAAUCGCAUGAUACUAAAACGCAGGUAGACGAGGAAGGAACACCUCUGCGCACCAAAAGAAAGCACAAACAUACAUUCACAUGUAAAUCAAAGAAAAAACACCGGUCAUCAAAAACAGCCUAUAUAAACAGUAAUUGUUCAAAGAGGCCAAGUGGCAAUAUAAUCGAACACAGAGCAAAUGAAACAUUCUCUGAUGAAAAUGCAACAAGUUUCAAGUGUGAAAACUAUAGCGAAUCAAAACACUCAGAAAUAAAGAAACAGUCGCCGAUGAAGUUAACAAAACACAUUAUGCAUGAAGGGGAACCCGAAUUGAAGGAAUCAUUCCGAGUUAAAAAAGUUUCAGAUCACGAUAACGAGUCCUGCGACGAAAACGAAGAUAACAGUACAGAAAAGGAAGUUAUGCAAACAAAAAUAAUUAACUACGACACUCAUGCCGGUAAAACAACAUAUGAGGACGAAGAAAGGCCCAAACCAAACAAUGUCGCAAGAAAUGCAAUAAGUUGCGUGUUCUGCGACUAUGAGGCUCAUUCUUACAGAGAUCUUACCCAACAUCUGGACGACCACGACAUGGACGAGCUAUUCAAUAAAACAGACGAAACUCCCCUGCACGCGGAGCAGACUAGAUCAAGCGUUGGGUAUCGCACGAGUUCAGCCACGGAGGACGAUGGUUAUGAUGAAGAUUCUGACACAGCGGAUGAUAAUGACGACGAAACUGAAAAUCCAAGAGUCACGAGUGACACGAAGCUUAAGGAUCGUUCAGUUAUGAAUGGCAAAGAUGUAGCAGAGAAGUACAAACGUGAAGAAGGUAUAGAAGGUAAAACAUCGAAUGACGUUGACACGGCUGAAAAUAUCACAGAAAGAAACCAAUCAGCAAACAAAGACGAGAACCCACGUGAUUCACAAUCCAUUCGUUGCGGUAAUACAAUAAUGAAAGAUGACGUAGAAGCCAAGCAUAAAACUAAAGGAGACCAUAAAGACAGCUCUGGUUAUCCUGAAGUCGUGUCCAGUCCAUACGCAUGUACCAUGUGUGCGUUUCGUACUGCCGAUGUCGGAACGCUUACAGCUCAUGUGGAUGGCCACAACAUGGCCCGACUUAAGUGCAAAGACAAUCAGAAUGAAAGUUCUGAUCUGACCUCUGUAUCUUAUAAACACGAGCGUAGGUUGGAUAAAAAGAAAGAUAAGUACGCCAAAAAUCCAUCGAAGAACGAGCGCACACUGACACUUAACCACCAUUCGAAUGAGGACAAAAACGAGCAUGCGUUGGUGAACAGGCAUAGGGGAAAUAAAUAUUCCGAUAAAGAUCCAGGCUCAACGGAAAGAAGGCGAUCGCACGCACAUCGGACCGAAACUCUAACAUACUUUGACAAGUUGACCGACCGGUUAAGCAAGCACAAGCAAGACUUGGUCCGAUAUAAACGAUUUUAUGUCCGGCGAACACAGACAUUUGCCCGUCAUAGAGGGAGAUUCGGUUCCCGGUAUGUUUAUGAAUGCAUGAUUUGCACACUGGGUACUACUUUCGGUAGCUCAUCAGAGGCUAGAAUGCACUAUAAACGUGUACAUCCCCAGCUAAGGGAGACAAUAUGUGAUACUUGUUCCUACUGCAACCGACUUUUUCCAUGAGUACAGAGUUCAUGCAGUCAUACAGACGUACGCGGGUAUCCAUAAAUGGCUGAUUCCUGUAUUUGCACUCCUCUUUAAACAUUGUUUUUUGUCUGUGUGUUAUUGAAAAAAACAAUUUUUCUUUAUUUGAAAGUGGGUGUGUUAAGGUUUUCUAUGUUGACGACAAGCAUACAAUUAUUUGAUGCACAUUAUGCAAGUGUUUGACACAUAUUUGGACUGUUCUCAAACAAAUGCUAGUUGUUAUUUAUGUCAACUGAAAGUCGAAUAAGCUGUGUUCUAUUAAAACACAAACUUGAUAUCGCCCGGCUCUUUGGCUAUUUUAAUCAACUAAUCAAUACGAUGUAUUUCAAUAUGAAAAUAAGCGCCGUAUGUUAUUAUAUCCUUAUUAAAAUUAUACAUUUUCGUACAAUAAUAA